GCCUCUGAAUCACUGGUGACCUUUGAACUUCCGUGAGUCAGAGAUUCCACAGUACAUGUAGCAGUGGGGCGUGUCGAGUGCUUAAAAAGGGGCGGCCUCACAAGUUAACGAGUCAGUUACGGACAGGAGAUCAGAUUCUAGAUUUAAACGUUCGACCACCAGAAGCCACCAUGCCGGCUCUCAACUCCUUCUACAUCACGUUCGAGAAGAACAUGGACGUGUAUCAAGCUGGGCAAAUAGUCCGGGGGACUGUAGAACUGGAACUCAACGAAGACAUGAAGAUGAGAGGUAUAAAACUCCUGAUGAAAGGCUCCGCCCGAUGCCGCUGGGUCGUGUCCACCGGGAAGACAACGAUUGUGUACACCGGCAGGGAAGUCUACUUCGAGAACACCGUCACCCUGUGGGGGCCAGGUCAGGCAGAGUCCGGAGAGACCCCGGUACUGUCGAUGGGCAAACAUACCUACCCCUUCGAGUACCAACUCCCCAGCACAGGGCUGCCCACCUCGUUUGAGAGCUGUUACGGGUACGUGCGUUACUACGCCGAGGCCAUCAUAGACAGACCGUGGAAGUUCGACAAGAAGACCAAGAGAGCCUUCACUGUGCUGGACAUGUAUGAUCUCAACGAGGACCCGAACGCUAUGACACCAUCGACUGUCCAAGACUCCAAAACGCUUGGAUUCUGGCCUUUUGCCUCCGCGCCUAUCGAAGUGCAGGUGCAGACGGACCGGGGUGCGUACUGCCCCGGAGAGACCGUCAGACUGAGCGGGACGAUCAAGAACGGCAGCGGCACCGAGAUCAAGGAGACAACCGUUCAACUCAGACAGAAGGCGACAUGCGUUGCCACCUCUCCGCACAGAGACAGGAGGCGGCAGAGGAAGACGCUGUGUGAGAUGAAAGCCCUGGGCUGCAGGGCGAACGACGCGGCUGACCUGAGCGGCAUAGCUCUUCCCAUCCCCGCCAUCCCUCCCUCCUCUCAACGGUACUGCAACAUCAUUGAUGUUGAGUACAAGGUCAAGUUUAUCGUGAACAUCCCGGGGCUACACAAGAACCUUGAGCUGGAGAUGCCCAUCACCAUCGGAUCCAUCCCACUGAGGAGUUAUUACCCACAAGCCCCUUCUUUCCCCUUACAUCCGGUCGAACAGCCGCCGCCUUCCCAUGAGUCCCUGUACCCUGACCUCGGUUUCGCUCAGUGGACCUACCAGACAGCCACUGACCCAAGCGCACCACCUCCACCAUACUUUGCGGUGUCUACGGAAGGACCUGUGGCACUGGCAGAAGAAAAGGAGGACAAGUAUACCAUGGGACCCACAGAGUAUGCACCGAAGUACGCCUACUAUGACUGGAGCAAGCACGCUUAGGACUCACGUCAUGACUGAAGCAAUCUUAUACAUGUAUUAAGUGCCUUGUACAUUUUAGUGU